AUGCUCGUGCUAGACUUUUGUUGUUGCUGCUUCCCGUUGAGGACCGGAUGUUUAGUUAUCGGAUACUUGAAUCUGAUCGCGAAUAUAAUAUUGGCUAUAUACGCAAUAUUAUCACUGAGUGCUGGCAUCUCUAUGGCGUAUUCGGGUUUGUACAGUCACCAAGCUAGCACUAUAGUAAUAAGCGUGAGUACGGUGUUGCUGAUAUUCAUCCUUAUUUACGUGGCUUUCACCAUUGCUCUACUGUAUGGAUUACAUAAGGAAAAACCUCGCCAUGUAAAGGCGUAUCUAGUUUACGGCUUAGUAUUUUUGAUAAUUUACACGGUUCUAUUCAUUGUAAAUUUAAUUCUGGGAGCUCAUGAACCAAUUGGUAUCGUUGGGAGAAUUGUGGAAAUUGCACUCAGCGCCUAUUUCCUGCUCGUCAUAAGGAGUCAGUACGUUAGAAUGUUGGGUACAAAUUAUAACUCGUCU